GAUGAUGUUGACCCAGAAAGGCAGAGCAGAGCGCACGCAUCYCUCAAUAAAUUUGGACCUGGGUUAACAGUAGCAUUUAUUGUGUAUCCGGGAAAAUAAACCUGCCACGUGACUUUUCAAAACGUUUUUUUGUUUCAUUUAGCCAUGAAUGAUAAAUAGGAUUUAGGAGUUCUUUGACAUGGAAUGGAAUUUUUCUGUAAUAUGUUGACUGUCAGUUGCACAUUUAAAUGCGUGAUUAAUGUUACCGAAAGAGCUGCUCGCUCUGUGAAUCUUUUCGAUGUUGGAAAGGUCAUCGGAGGAUAAGGGUAUGGACGACUUCAGACGGGUCGCAUUCCGAAGGAAGUCCCGAACUUUAGACAAGUCGGACAUGGAGCCCAAGAAAUGGAGCCCAGCGAUUUCAGAAAAGAAAGGCAAGCCCAGCUGUUUCCAUUCCAAGAACACUGAUGAGGAGGCCUGUGUCGGGGUGAAGAUCGAACACGCUAAAGCUCUAAGCAGCAGCCCCCACAGUGCAAGGGUCAGUCGGACAGGUCUGUGUGGGAAGAGUCCCAGUGAGAAGAGCAGGGGGGGUGUCAAUGGAAGAAGUUCGGACAGCAGGCCCUCACUGCAGCCCAAACCACAAGUGCCUCCGAAGCCAGCCCACCUCCAGAGCCCGGUGACGAAGUCCGCCGCCCACCCGCUAGGGCGUGUGGAGAGAGCACUCCUCAGAGCCACCAUGGAGGAGAGAAGAGGAGGGGCGAUGGUGGUGAAGAGCCGGGAGAAACCCUCCAAAGUCUUGAACCUCAUCAACCACUUCGAGGAGAACAGCCAGUCAGAAACCAAGGAGGGCUCACCACUCAAGCAGCUCAGCAAGUCGCCCCUCUGCAGUCCGGCUCACCGGGUCAWCCAGAGACAGUCAGAGUCCGAGCAGCAGGACAACAACUCGGGGGAUUCAGGCUCUGUCCCGGGAACGCAGCGGGAUGCCCACAAACAGGCAACUAACGGGAUGCUAACCCAAAUGGACAGAGACAGGGAGAGUGGGUCCCCCCUGAGGAAAGACACUGCCCUGGAGAAUGGGGACAUGGGGGACGGGAGCAUGGGCAUCACUCCCCUCCUCCACACACAAAGACCCAUACUGGGGAGGACAGUGGACCUACAGGAUGAGACCACCAACAUGAACAAAGGAAGCAAGGAAGAGGGCAUUGUGGAGGAGAAGGUACCGGAGACCAAUGAACAAAAGCUGUACAAGAUCGCUACUGAGCUCCUGAAGACAGAGCGGGCCUACGUCACGCGGCUCAACUUGCUGGACCAGGUGUUCUGUGCCAAGCUGACGGAGGAAGCUCUAAAGGGCACGUUCCCAGUGGACGUGGUGAAGAACAUCUUCUCCAACAUCUCCUCCAUCAACACCUUCCACAACCAGUUCCUCCUGCCUGACCUGGAGAAACGCAUGGGAGAAUGGGAGUCUACCCCUCGCUUGGGGGACAUCCUGCAGAAUCUCACACCCUUCCUGAAGAUGUACGCUGAGUAUGUGAAGAACUUUGACAAUGCAAUGGAGCUGCUGAAACAGUGGACGGACCGCUCACCACAGUUCAAAGCCAUCAUCCAGGACAUACAGAGCCAGGAGGCGUGUGGCAGUCUGACGCUCCAGCACCACAUGUUGGAGCCGGUACAGAGAGUUCCCCGCUACGAGAUGCUGCUCAAAGACUACCUGAAGAAACUGCCUCAGGACGACCCCGACCGCCGAGACGCAGAGAAGUCAUUGGACAUCAUCGCCAUGGCAGCCACACACUCCAACAGUGCCAUUCGAAAAUCUGAGAAUCUGAAGAAGCUGCUGGAGAUCUAUGAGAUGCUGGGGGAGGAGGAGGACAUCGUCAACGCCUCCAAUGAGUUCAUCAAGGAGGGACACAUCCUGAAGCUYGCUGCCAGGAACACCUCGGCUAUGGAGAGAUACCUCUUCCUGUUCAACAACAUGCUGUUGUACUGCGUGCCCAAAUUCAGCCUGGGAGGGGCCAAGUACACGGUGCGCACCCGCAUCGGCAUCGAGGGCAUGAAGGUGCUGGAGACCAUCAACGAAGACUACCCUCACACCUUCCAGGUGUCUGGCAAGGAGAGGACUCUGGAGCUGCAAGUCAGCUCCGAACAAGACAAGGACAACUGGAUAAAGGCUUUCAAGGAAACUAUUGAGAUCUUCCAUCAGAAGAACGAGACGUUCAAGUCCGCCUCCAAAGACGUGGAGGAAGUGUCAACGGCAGAGCUGGGGAAACGUGCUCCUCGCUGGAUUCGGGACAAGGAGGUYACAAUGUGUAUGAAGUGUAAAGAGCCCUUCAAUGCGUUGACGCGACGGAGACACCACUGUCGAGCCUGCGGAUAUGUUGUGUGUUGGAAGUGCUCAGACAARAAYGUGGCCCUGGAGUACGACAGCAACAAGAUUAACAAGGUGUGUAAGGACUGCUACUCCAUCCUGACUGGAGAGGAGAAGGCCGAGGGCAAGAAGAAGGGCAUUCUGGAGAUCGAGGCGGCUCAGUUCUCCGGAAGCAGUAUKAUUUGUGGCUUCCUGCAGCACUGUGAGAAGAACAAGCCCUGGGGGAAGGUGUGGUGCGUCAUCCCAGAGAAGGAGGCAUUGGUUCUCUACCUCUACGGAGCCCCACAGGAUGUGAAGGCCCAGUCCUCUAUCCCUCUGCUGGGCUACUCUGUGGAGGACAGCCCCCGGCCUGCCGACCCUCCAGCCAGCUUCCGUCUGUCCCAGUCCAAGUCUGUCCACAGCUUCGUGGCCGAGAGCGAAGAGCUGAAACAGCGCUGGCUCAAGGUGAUCCGGGUGGCUGUGACUGGGGAGGUGCCAGAGUCCCAGAUGCCCAACGAUGCCACUGCCAACGCCACGGACGCCCAAGAGACAAGCUCAGACAGCACCUAACUGUGUGGUGUGGCAUUUAACAGCUGAGGGCCACCAGAGACGUAUGUGCAUYUAUGCAAACACACACACUCCCAUGCUACCUUCAUGGACACACACAAGACCAAUGUGCAAACUCAGUGCUGGAUAAGCUGCCUCUCCUCCCCAGAGUGGAUUCUACAAAUCUUAAGCGAGGACUCGGCUUGGCUCCACUACCAGAGCUGUGCUGGAAUGGGAAGAACACAAUCCAGUCCAAUCAUCACUAGAGCGGAGCAGGGGGGAAUGGACCUCAGAACGGUCUCUACUUCCCCCUGUUCAGGGCAACCUGCCUGGGGUAUCUUGCACCCUGAGUACCCCAAGGUCCUUAACCCAAAAUAGUAAAUAAGAUAGUUUACUCAAGCCGUUUAAAGGUUCCUGUCUGGCAUGCUCACGUCAGAGGGAACAGCUGGCUCUUGUCUACUUAUUGUCCCCUCCCGCUCGCCCAACCAUGACCAGAAUAAAUGAGUCAGUGAUAUGUCUCGCCCUGUGUCACCACCUCCACGAAGCGGGGGCAAUAAGUAGACCAGAGUGGCCCAGCCCCGAUCAGAUAAAAUUAGGUAGUGGGGUGUCUCGCUUUCUCUACCAUCCCUGCUCAGCCCUCACUAGGGAUGCCUGCAGGCUCAACAGACCACCUCCAGCUUCAUAGACGUGGGUCUGCCGAUGUGAAUCAAGAGGGACUGGUUAGAACUACACUGUCUAUGAAUUAGCCCUGUGCACCUGUAUAUAGUGUUACUCCAUUUUCCAUGACAGGAACAUUUUCAUUUUUAUGUACAAAGAACCAAUGCUCUCAAUAGGUUUUGAUAACAGAGAUGUUGACCCUGUAAAAUGUGUACAUCAAAGUUUGAGCAGUGUUUUUGAUCAAAAAACCUAACGUACUUCUGACAUCUGAACAGUGGUUCAAACUAAAGGGUCCUGUCCUAGGAUAGUAUCACUGGGAAAGUUUAGUCCUCACUUCUCCAAUCAGGUAGUUUCACAUCACAGUAGCCAGGAGCCAUGUAACAGAGUUCCUCUAGUACCUGGGUCAAGGUCCCAGAAAGACCUAUUAGUCAGAAUAGCAAUCGAGAGGAUCACUCCACACUUUUCAAUUGCUGUAACCCCAUAAACUAAUGGAAAGGAUGCAGAAGUACUCACCCAUCCAGCACGAACUGGCUUCAAUCCAAACAUGCUGAGGGAUAGCCUUUCCAGCCAGGCAAUGCAUUAUGGUUACUCUGCUGCACUUGUCCCAAGCUGGAUCAACCUUCCUCACCUUGGAAUCCAGAACCUUCUCCCAAGUCAGUGACCUCUAAACCAACCACAUCCUGGUCAGAGUAAUGUGUAGAAAAGUGUCACAUUUUACUACUGCAUGUCAGUCAUUAGAGCCUUUCUACUCUAAUCCUGUAGGCCUAUAGUAUGAGGACAGACACGCUGCCAUAGGGCAGCAUUGAGGAUGAAUGGUUGUACAGCUUUAAUGACCUAGCCCCACAGCCCUGUUGUAGACAUGUAUAAUACACAUACAGUGGGGUUCUUUGUAGCUGACCAACAGGGAUGACUGUAGACUAAGGACCCAGAUCUUGUCUUACAUGGGGACAUCACCCCACAAAGCAGCACAAUCAGAAGGUGGGGAAAGAAAUGUACUUUUUUUAAAUAUACGUAUUUAAAAAGUAAUUCAUAGAAUAUGCGCAUGGUGAUUUUAAGGAAAGUAGCACAAAAAAAGUUAACCCUCAAAUUGCCAUGUGUUCUGUCCCAUUCAGCCAAGCCAUGUCAACUAACAGAUUCACUAAAAAGUAUUGUCCCUCAAUUAAUACCGUAGUUGAGUGUGACUAAUCUAUCCUAUGACUGCAGAAUAAAUUGUGUUGAAUGGAAUAGGCWAAUGUGCCUAUAACCUGUGUUCAUACAUGUUCCUAUCCCCUGUACAAUGCACCUCUCCAAUAUCCAUUCUCGCAGAAGAGCACAACAAUCCCGUCUUAAGAUCUGAAUGUAAAACCAGAUUGUUUGUUCACUCUCCCGAUCCCCCCUCCCCAAGGUUUGAGAAUCUACGCACUUUACCAUCUUAUAUAAAGUGUACCUUGUAAGAAAAUAAAGCAAGAUUAAAGUAUUAUG